AUACACAGAAACAUGUUCUACCAACCAACACAUUAUUGAGAAAUCCACGAGUGAUCAUUUGAAGCAGAAGCCAAUGACGACUUUUCUGAAUGGAACCAUUUCCUUGUGGUUCUUGAUUCCCAUGCUAGCAUUCUUCAUCUCACUAGCCUUUCACACCAUAUUCAAUCUUCUACCCAAACUCAACUCUAAAUCAGGAAAAAACUUACCACCAUCUCCUCCAAAGCUUCCAAUAAUAGGAAACCUACACCAACUUGGCAACCACACUCACCACACUCUCCAAUCCUUUGCUCAAACCUAUGGCCCUUUGAUGUUGCUUCACUUUGGGAAGGUGCCAGUUCUUGUGGUCUCAAAUAAUGAAGCAGCACGUGAGAUUCUGAAAAACCAAGAGCACGUUUUCUGUAACAGACCACAUCGUAAGAUGUCUGAUAUCAUCCUAUAUGAUUCCAAAGAUGUGGCAUCUGCUCCAUAUGGCAACUACUGGAGGCAGAUAAGGAGUAUCUGUGUCUUGCACCUUCUUAGUGCAAAAAAGGUUAAAUCCUUUGGUGCAGUGAGAGAAGAGGAAAUCUCCAUAAUGAUGGAUAAGAUUAAGCAGUGUUGUUCCUCUGUGACGCCUGUGAAUUUAACUGAUUUAUUUUCAACAGUCACAAAUAACAUAGUGAGCAGAGCUGCUCUAGGAGGGAGAUACAGUGGAGGAGAAGGGAGUAAGUUUUGGGAGCCAAUGAAUGAGAUGAUGAAGAUUUUAGGUGCUCCGGUUAUAGGGGACUGC